AUGCCGGGAGGGCGAAGAGAAACGAUUACGAUCAAAAGUUUCGGCCGAGAUCCGACUGCCAUCAAAGAACUUUUGCGGUCGAUCAAAGCAGACUACUUCGAACCAAAGCCUGGCAAGGUAGCGAUAUACGAAGCUUCGGGCGAUCAGGAGCCCAAGUGGGAGUUGGUCACAUCGCAGUCACGCGAUAUGUCUACCAUUGCCAUGGAUCAAGAGCAGAAACUGGCCGUAGUGAAGGACUUGAAAGACUUCCUGGAGCCGACUCAGUUCAAGUACUACUCUGAGCGAAGUAUUCCGUUUCGUCGCGGGUAUCUGUUCCAUGGGCCCCCAGGGACUGGGAAGACAUCUUUCUGCGUGGCCUUGGCCACUGAGUUUCAACUUGAUAUCUAUAUCAUAAGCGUUGGUGCGGUAGACGACAAGUCUCUUGGUAAGCUGUUUCGACUGCUUCCGAUGAGAUGCAUUGUACUGCUUGAGGAUAUCGAGACUCCUCAGAGUACACACAAACGCCCGCAGCCCCCUGAGCGACGUCAGGAACCACAACAAACGCAACAGGUCACCGACCUCACACGCUCGGGCCUUCUUAACAUACUCGAUGGCGCUGGGGCCCGACACGGACGUGUUUUGAUCAUGUCGACCAACCAUCGCAGCGAACUUGACCCCGCUAUCACCAGACCCGGGAGAGUGGAUAUGGAGGUCGCGUUUGCGUUGGCGAACCAGGAAACCGCGAGACAACUCUUUCGUUCCUUGAUCCUCACAGGCUCUUCCAUCACAGAAGAGUCCGCAAAUACCAAGACCGCCGACACGAGUCGUGACUUCGCAGCAGAAUUUGCAGAGAACAUUUCCGAGGGCGUGGUCUCUCAGGCAGAGUUGCAGGGGUAUCUGGUACGGAGGAGGCGUGAUCCGCAGGCUGCUGUGGAUGAAGUUUCUGCAUGGUUCAAAGAGAAAAGUGGUCUACUGAUAGACUGA